AUGUGUAAUAAAUAUGACAUGGCUAAUGCAGUAAUAAAACAUUGUGAUGAAGAUCACGGAAUAGUUUUUAAUAAGAAACCAUCAAAAAAUGAAAACAAAUUUAGUAUCAUUUAUGAUUAUUCUGUUUCUUCUAUUUCAAAGAAUUCAAAUAUUUCAAAUUCUCUACAUAGUUUAGAAAGAAUAACAAAUAAUAAAAGUUUUAAAAUUUUUGAUAAUAUGUCACAUCCCAAAUGUUACUAUAAAAGUUCAUUAGAAAAUUUAAAGAAAAACAAAGAACAAAAAAAUGAUAACAAAUAUAGUGACGAAACAAAAACAGAAGAAGUAAAAAAAAAAAAUAAAACGACUGAAAUAUUUAAUGAUACAUAUGAAGUUAUAGCUCCUGAGGGAAGAGGAAAAUUUAUAAAAUUUAUAGGGGAAAAUUAUGUAUAUGUCAUGCUUGAAAAUGGAACAUAUAAUUGUUAUCCAGUUGAGCUACUUAAGUUGAAUUGUUCUUAUCUAAAGAAAAAUAAAAUUUAUAAUUUAUGUUAUAAUUACAAGGAUAUAGCUUUACGUCACACAAGAAAUGUUCUAAAAUUAAAAAAUAAUUCUUUGGAUAAAAAUGAAGAUAUUUUAAAUAAAGAAAAAAAGAGUUCUGAUGAUUUUCUUCAUUUUCCUGAAGAAAUGGAUUAUUUAAGAUAUUACAUAAUAAAAAAUGAUAUAGAAGAUGAAAAUGCCUCUGAAAAUGAAUAUUUGACUCACACAAUUGUCAAAAAGAUGAAACCAAAGGAUAACGAAAAUGAUAAGAACUAUUUACAUGAUCCUAUUAUUCCUAUUAAAAAAAACGUUACCAUUAAAAAGAUGAACAAUGAAUACAAGAUAGAAAAAACGAGUUCAUAUAUUCCAGUUGAUUACAUAAACUUUGAUAAUGAAAAUUGCAACACUUGUUGUUAA